UUCAGGCAAACAGCAUCCUCGCUGAGCACAGUGGUCAGAUGCUGUACUGCAGGUGGAAGUGCUGUUACAGUUCUGUUUGUUCACUCCUCCUCACUUCACCUGUGCACACCUGAGACACACACACAGACACAGACACAGACACAGAUAGACAGAGACACAGACAGAGACAGACAGACACUCAGUAGCUGUGUUUAUGGACAAACUGAGGAAGGUUCUGAAAGGUGAGGAUGAAGAUGGGAACACGGACGGAGCUGGAGCCCUGGAGAGAGUCAAUGAAGCCUCCACGUUGGGUUGGGGGACGAGGGUCAGAGGUUUCUUGGUCUGCCUCGUCCUUGGCGCCUUCUUCUGCGUCCUGGCCACCUUCAUGCUGUGGAUCCCCGGCUUUGGUCUGGCUGUGUUUGUUGUCUUCUACACCAUAGGAAACAUCUGUGCACUGACCAGCUCCAUGUUCUUGGUCGGUCCAUGUCGACAACUGAGGAGCAUGUGUGCUAAAGAGAGAGCGCUAGCUACUGUACUGAUGGUGGUGUGUCUUGUGUUGACGCUGUGUUCUGCGUACUGGUGGACCAACUUCACCCUCGCUCUGAUUUUCUGUAUCCUUCAGAUUCUGGCUUUUAUCUGGUACGGCCUCUCCUACGUUCCGUUUGCUCGAGAGACCUUCGUUAAAGUCUGUUCCGUCUGCUGUUGUUAGACUGUUUGUUGUAUUAUGUAUUGAUCAUUGGUUAUUGAUCAGGAACAGGUGAUGUGUGUGUGUGUGUCCCUGUUCAGUCGUCUUUACGACUUUACCUGCAGCGAUAUCGUCGUCUCUGUUUGUUAAAUCUCUAAAGCCUGUAAUCUCCACCCUGUACUGUCCACUGAUUAAAACACACACACACACACAGAGUCACAUAUCGUGUGUCGUCAUGUGUUUCCUCUCCUACAUUACACGCUGUUUUUCUUCAUGUGACAUUUAAAGCUGCAGCAGAGAAACACACACACACACACACACACACAGUCAGCACAAAGUGCAGAGUCAUGCUUUGACGUGUCCAAAAAAAACGUUUCCUGUUUGAAAAUCUUCAUCAGUGUGAACACAUGAACGUUUACUCAUAGUUUUGAAAAAGUCACAUUUUUAUAACUCACAAAAAAUGUAUACAAAUAGUCACUGUGGAUGGAUUUUAUACGUUUAUCCAGCAUGUCAACUUUCAAUAAAGACUGUAAAACACUCAUGUUUUCAUUUUCCUGCUUUGUCCACACUCAUGUUUUCAUUUUCCUGCUUUGUCCACUCAUGUUUUCAUUUUCCUGCUUCUUCCACACUCAUGUUUUCAUUUUCCUGCUUCUUCCACACUCAUGUUUUCAUUUUCCUGCUUCGUCCACACUCAUGUUUUCAUUUUCCUGCUUCUUCCAUACUCAUGUUUUCAUUUUCCUGCUUCUUCCACACUCAUGUUUUUUAUUUUCCUGCUUCGUCCACACUCAUGUUUUCAUUUUCCUGCUUCGUCCACACUCAUGUUUUCAUUAUUGAAAGUCAG